AUGGGACUCUUUUGGCAACAACUUUGCACCUUGACGGUCAAGGACUUACGGAUUAUUCUGUUUCGGAAAUGGAUAUGGACUCCUCUUCGCGCUUUUGUGUUACCACUGCUCUUUGUCGUCUUCCUAUGCUACACAAAGAACCUGUUCUUUCCUCCGUCGACGUACGGAAUCGGACCACCUCUUGCUAUUCGAACGCUUCCUCAGGCUAUCAGUGCCGUAACCGGACACCGAGACCGCAUCGUCUUUGUCAACAACGGCUUCACAGGAGGCGAUAUCGACAAUGUCAUUUCCAAAGUCACCGAGCCCCUUCACGAUUCGAACAUCAACAUCAAGAUUGCCAAGAGUGAGAGAGAUAUCCGGGUUCUCUGUAGUACUUCUGGUCAGGGCUCUUCACCUUGCGUAGCUGCAGUAGCCUUCCAUUCUUCGCCUUUUGAAGGAGAAUGGGGCGUUUGGAACUACACCCUCCAGACUGACGGUUCUCUCGGCGGCUCUGGCAUCAACAUCGACAAGUUGGACAAUGAUGCUCAAGUCUACAGUCUCCCGUUACAACACGCUAUCGAUUUUGCUAUUGGCAGCAUCAACUCGACCGUUUCCAAAGACGUUCUUUCCACCAAAGUCCUCGAAUAUCCCUUCACGAGCAGAUCGAACAAGGAGCAGAAAACAUUCAUUGUUGAACAAUACAUGAAAAACAUCAUCUCGAUUCUGGCAGUUCUCUUUUACCUCGCCUUGAUCGGUGUCCUCUACCAACUCGCUGGCGUCAUGGCCACUGAGCGGGAGCUAGGACUGGCGCAACUUAUCGAUACCAUGAUGCCCAACGAAGCAACAUGGCAGCCCCAGGCGGUUCGUCUCUUGGCUCAUUACCUUGCCUUCGUCAUUCUUUACGGCCCGGGCUGGAUUGCCAUGGGUGCUGUCAUGGGCGGGAUGGCGUUCAAAAAGACCACGAUUGUCAUUCCCAUUCUUUCCAUGAUUCUCUGUGGACUUUCUUUGACUGGGUUUACAAUGUUUAUCGGAAGCUUCUUUCGAAAGGCACAACUGAGCGGAAUCACCUCGGUCCUCAUCGGUCUUGUCUUUGCCAUCCUAGCUCAAGUCUCUGGCAACCCUCAGACUUGGCUCGUCGUUAUUCUAUCUCUUCUUUUCCCUCCGAUGAACUUCGUCUAUCUAAUCGUUCUCAUGGCCCGAUGGGAAAGACACGGCAAGGGCGCAAGCUUCGUCGGUUCAGCUCCAGACUCCAAGUCUACCAACCCGGUCAUUAUCUUCUGGCUGUUUUGCAUUCUCCACGCCAUCUUCUACCCUCUGCUCGGUGUUUUUGUUGAGAGAGCACUAUUUGGAGCAACUUCAACCAAUCGCAAAAUUGGUCCCCCCAACUCUCCAGUAGCGGUACGACUUGACAAGUUUAAAAAGACCUACCAGCCACGACUCAUGCAACGAAUCCUAUCAGGCUUUACAAAGAAGCCGCUGAACUCCGUGCACGCUGUUCGGGGCCUUGACCUUGAGGCCUUUAGAGGAGAGAUCAUGGUUCUCCUCGGUGCCAACGGAAGCGGCAAAUCAACGACUCUGGACGCCAUUGCUGGGAUACAUUCUGCUUCCGAUGGAGAGAUAUCACUGAGCUACGAGAUGAGUGGCGGCAAGCUUGGGUACUGUCCCCAGAAGAAUGUCCUCUGGGAUGAACUCACGGUGGAAGAGCACAUCCACAUCUUUGACGGAAUCAAGAACACCAGGGGCCACUCUUCAGCAACCCAAAUCAAGAGGCUGAUUGAAGGAUGCGACCUGUCCAAGAAAAAGUCGACAUGCGCCAAGGCUCUUUCAGGCGGUCAAAAACGCAAGCUGCAGCUGGCGCUGAUGUUGGUUGGCGACUCUACAGUCUGUUGCGUCGAUGAGGUUUCUUCCGGUGUCGAUCCUCUCUCUCGAAGAAAGCUCUGGGAUAUUCUACUUGCUCAACGUGGCCGACGGACGAUUCUUCUUACCACUCACUUCCUCGAUGAAGCAGACUUGUUGGCUGAUCGACUUGCAAUCCUCUCUCAUGGUUCACUCAAGGCCAGUGGUACUUCAGUCGAGUUGAAGCAAACUUUGGGCUUGGGAUAUCGCAUUCACGUCUACCAUCCACCUGGGUCGGCCGAACAUCAGGUUUAUGGCGACGAACUUCAUACAAAGCAGGAUGAAGAGACGGUUUAUCUGUCUGGGAGUUCUGAAAACACUUGUCGUCUCUUGCGGAGACUAGAGGCAGACGGUGUGACAGAGUAUCAAGUGGAUGGCCCAACGCUCGAAGAUGUCUUUCUGAAGAUUGCCGACGAGGACUCUCCAAAGCCGGCUCGAAAAUCCCGGAGAAGCGACCGUCAUGAGCGAGACAUCUCUGGUGACUCGUCUACCUCCCUAGUACGGUCAUCACGCAACAAGGGGCCCUCGAUCCAGGACCUCCUGACCGGAAAGCGAACGAUUGUCUUGACACAGACCAAGGUGCUAUUCUCCAAGAGAUUCGCCAUCUUCCGUAGGAACCCGAUGCCAUACCUGGUAGCCAUUGCCAUACCCAUCAUUGCUGCAGGUUGUGCUUCAAUCUUUAUCGGCGGACUCCCUGCAACAAGUUGCGACCCCAGCAUCGCAUCCCUCAAGUCAAGUCCAGACUCGACAUCCCCGCAAUCCUAUCGAAUCGUGGCCGGUCCGGAAGACCGACUCUCAGAAGCCGCCAUGGACACAAUAAGAAAGAGCCCUGAAGGGUCUAUCACCCUCGUCGACACUCUUCAUCAGUUUCACCAGGAGGUCCAGAAACAAUACGCCAACCUCACACCGGGAGGUUUCUUCCUGGGAGAUGAACCGACUUUUGCCUGGCGUGCAGAUGGACCUCUGGUAUUUGGACACACAGUUCAGAACUUGAUCGAUAUCGAACUCCUCAACGUCAGCAUCUCGAGCAACUACAAGGUUCUCGCGGUUCCAUAUUCUGGGAGCAUUGGAGACUUGUUCAUCUUUUCAACCAUCUUUGCUCUAGCCAUGGCCGUAUACCCGGCGUUUCUUGGAUUGUAUCCAACUUUUGAAAGGCUUCGGGGUAUUAGAGCGAUGCACUACAACAAUGGAGUACAUGCGCUGUCUCUAUGGCUGGCAUAUCUUGCCUUUGACUUUUUGGUGCCGUUGCUGGUCAGCACAGUCGCGACAAUUAUCUUUGCAGCCAUAUCAAGAGUGUGGUACCAUCUCGAGUAUCUCUUCACGAUUCUACUUCUCUACGGAAUCACUUCGACACUCUUCUCUUAUGUCUUAUCGUUGAGAGCCAAGUCUCAGCUGGCCGUUUUCGCCAUUUCAGCAGGAGUCCAAGUGCUACUCUACCUGAUCUUUUUCAUCGCCAACACCACAACUUUCACGUUUCAGGAUCCGGCAGACCAAACCUCCAUUCUGAACAUCAUCUUCUAUGUCAUGGGUGCUGUGUCGCCCGUAGCCAGCUUGGGUCGCUCGAUUUACUUGUCCAUCAACUUGUGGGGGAUUUCUUGUCAGGGAAGAGACUUUGCGUCUUACCCUGGGGCCAUCGACGUGUAUGGAGGACCCAUACUCUACCUUAUCAUCCAAUCCCUUGUACUCUUAGGCGUUCUGCUCUGGAACGACUUGGGCUUCAAUUUCCGCUUCCAACGACCCAAGUCAAAGCCCAACAACGGAGAUGGCGACCCUAUUGAGCUCGAAUUGGGAUCACGCCGCAACGGAACCUCGACAAUCAAGGGUAACUGUCUAGAGGUCAUGGGCCUACAGAAGAAGUUCAAGCGUGAAUUCGCUGUCCAAGAUGUCAGUUUCGGAGUUCCCAAAGGCGGGUGUUUCGCUCUUCUCGGCCCGAACGGAGCAGGCAAGACGACCUGCCUCUCCAUGAUCCAAGGUGAUCUUCCGCCUAGUAACCGCGAUGCCGAAAUCUCAGUCGAUGGUAUUUCAAUGAUCAGACACCGUGCUCAAGCCAGGUCUAAGAUGGGAGUUUGUCCACAGAUUGAUCCACUGGACACCAUGACGGUUGGUGAACACUUGCGUUUCUACGCUGAGAUUCGCGGAAUCAGCAACCCGAAUCACAACAUUGACAUUAUUCUUGAUGGUCUUGGCAUUCGUCAGUACGUUGACAGAAAGGCAACCAAGCUUUCAGGUGGCAACAAGAGAAAACUAGCUCUUGGCAUCGCACUGAUGGGCAACCCGACUGUGUUGCUGCUUGACGAGCCCUCGUCCGGAAUGGAUGCCCUGAGUAAACGCUUGAUGUGGCGAACCCUAGCCUCCGUGAUACCAGGUCGAGCUCUUGUGCUAACAACCCAUUCGAUGGAAGAAGCCAAUGCCCUUGCGAGCCGAGCUGGAAUCCUCGCUGGCAGGAUGCUCGCCCAGGGCACUACAAAGGAGCUGAAGAUGAGAUACGGCGACGGUUACUCAGUGCACCUGGCUCAUCGCGACGCACCAAACACCAGCCAGGUCGACAUGGAUAAUAUCUGGGAUUGGGUUCAUACCCAGUUCCGCAACUUGAAGAGCAUCGAUACGGACUCUAUGCAUCACGGCCAGAUGAAGUUUGAGAUUUCCCUUGGUCGGGAUGACAGCAGCCUGUCGCUAGCGGAUGUAUUGGAGAGGAUUGAGAUGGCCGAGAGCAGACUAGGGAUCGAGUAUUACAGUGUUAGUAGGGCUACUCUUGAUCAAGUCUUCUUUGGGGUUUUGGAGGAGAACCAUUGUGACGAGGACAAUCAUUAA